GGCUCACCCAGGGUCUCUGUCGGCGGAGGCCGGCGAGGGGGCGCGGAGGGGCCUCCUCCGGCAGCCGAGGUCAGCAGCCCCGGGGCCGGGACAUCGGCACAGGCCGGGGCUAGGUGGGCCCCAUGGCUCCAGGACAGGGCGCCCAGGGAAGGCAGCUAGCCGGAGCCCUGGCGGCCGGGGGAUCCGCGCUGCAGGCUCCGCGGCACCGGGAGAGGAGAGGCCUACACCAGGCCUGUGCUGCAGGUGGUGCUCUCCCUCCCUAGCAUCCAUAUCCGUGUCUCUGCCCAUACCCCGAGCUUGGACCAUGGACCCCCAUGAGAUGGUCGUCAAGAACCCCUACACGCACAUCAGCAUCCCCCGGGCUCAGCUACGGCCUGAUCUGGGGCAGCAGUUAGAGGAGGCUCCCUCCUCGUCAUCCUCUGAGAGGCAGCCUCUGCCCUCUGGGUGCUGUGCCCUAGAACCAGCCCGCCUCCUGCAGCCCACCGAGGCUCCACAGCCCAAGGGGGCCAAGGGGGCUAAGGGGGCUGUCCCUGACCAGAGUCCGCUGGCCUGGCAGCAGCCCUGCAACCCCUACAGCAGCACGCAGCGCCCGGCAGGACUGACCUACGCCGGCACGCCGCCCGUGGGCCGCGGCGACGACAUUGCACACCACUGCUGCUGCUGCCCUUGCUGUUCCUGCUGCCACUGCCCGAGAUUCUGCCGCUGCCACAGCUGCUGCUGUGUCGUCUCCUAGCCCGCCCGCUCACACGGACCCAGGCCUCUGCUCAGGGGUCACGAGGAGCAGACACUGCCAUGGGUGCCGUCCGCUUCCCGACUUCCCUUCCCCCGCCAUGGGACGUCUGUGCAGCCGGAGACUGGGGCCUGUCUGGGGCCCUUGAACCACAGUCCCAGUUACUGUCCAUGGUAGGGCCACAGAUGCCCCGAGCACACCUUCAGGGUCUAGGCAAUAAAGCCGG